CAACAUAGAGGGGCGGAGAGAUGCUCGUCUUCGGCAUUUUCUCAGACCAUUCCAGCUCACAAUGACUGCGUCCGUCCAAGCAACAUGACCCAGUUUCGAUAUUUGAUAUGGAGUUUCUUCUUGGUGUUGGGGAGCGCGUGGACUCUACCUCAUGUGAUGAAGUAUCAAACAGUGACACCUCAGAAGCUAAAUAAUUUAUCUCACAUCAGUAAUGUUGCCACCCAUCAGAAGUAUCCCGAUGUACUGCAGUACUCUGUGAGGAUUGCAGGACAAAAUUACACACUGCACCUUGAGAAAAAUAAGGAGCUUAUCGGAGAAACCUUCUCUGUGACACAUUAUUCCAAGAAAGGAACCCAAAUAACAGCAACGCCGGGUCUUGAGAAUCACUGCUACUACCACGGGCAUGUCGUGGGAGUCGACGACUCCUCUGCCAGCAUGGAGCUGUGCUCAGGAUUAAAGGGGUUUGUACGCCUCCAGGAUCAGACGUACCUGAUAGAACCUUUGACCUCACAGCAGGCUGAAGUUCACACUGAUGCAGGUCUUCAUGCAAUUUACAAUUAUAAACAUCUGAGAAGGAAGAGAAGCUCCUGUUCCCAUGGAAACACAACCAUGUACUAUGAUCACGUAUCGCGUCCGUCUGGAGUGUUCGAGCUCAGUAGUCUGAGAAGCAGAGGCCAGACUAAAAACGGAGAACGAAAACCCAGAACUGUGGAGCUCGCUGUGGUGGUCGACAACACAGAGUACAAGAGAUUCGACAAUAAAAGGACAGUGGAAGCCAGAGUGCUUGAAAUAGCAAACAACGUUGACAGGCUGUAUCGUCCUGUGGGUGUCCGUGUGAUGUUAGUAGGACUUGAUAUCUGGUCGUACAGAGAUCAAAUAGAGGUCAGUUCCAAACCUGAGCAAACGCUCAGCCGCUUUCUUGAGUGGCGCCAGCGGAACCUCCUGCCGAGGUUGAAGCAUGACAACGCACAAUUCAUCACAGGCUUGGAUUUCGAAGGCACCACGGUUGGUCUGGCCAACACAAAUGCCAUGUGCACGUCAAGCUCAGGGGCGGUAAAUGAGGAUCAUAACAAUAACGCAAUUGGAGUGUCCUCCACGAUUGCCCACGAGAUGGGUCACAACUUGGGCUUGUCUCAUGAUACAGAAAAUUGCAUCUGUGGUUCUUUGACGUCAAAGAAAGGCUGCAUUAUGGCAGAGAGUGUCGGCCCCGUGCCUCCGGAGAUGUUCAGCAGCUGCAGCAAGCAGCAGCUCAACAGAUUCCUGGAGGAGAUCAACCCAGCUUGUCUCUUGGAUACACCCUUGACUGGCCGUAUUUAUGGCGGGCCGGUGUGUGGCAAUGCUUUCCUGGAGCCUGGCGAGGAGUGUGACUGUGGAACCGUAGAGGAAUGCAAGAAUCCCUGUUGCAACGCUACUAACUGCAAGCUUAGCGGAGGAGCCCAGUGUGCUGAGGGUGAAUGCUGCCACAACUGUCAACUGAAAGCGUCAGGCAGCGUCUGUCGGCCGAAGACGGGGAACUGCGACUUGGCAGAACACUGCACUGGACUGUCUGCCUCCUGUCCUCCCGACGCCUACGCCCAGAACGGCCUGCCGUGCAACCGUGGGAAAGGAUACUGCUACAACGGACAGUGUCCGUCGCGGCAGCAACAUUGCAAGAGAUUGUGGGGACCAGAUGCGGAGGUAUCUGCAGAUGCUUGUUACUUCCAGCAUGGAGGUUGCAGAAAGAGCCUGUUUGUGCGUCGAUGUUUUGGCUCAGAGCAAUCAUGCGGCACACUUUUUUGCACGGGAGGAUGGGGGUUCCCAGUGACAUCUAGGAAGUCCUUUUACAAAGUAGGCAAUGAAGAAUGUAACGAGGCGACCAUGAACCCAGAAGACAACUACCCUGCAGACCUGGGCAUGGUGCCCACUGGUACCAAGUGUGGCAACAAUAUGGUAUGCUACAACCAAAAGUGUCAUGACAUCAGAAACAUAAGAGCAUAUGGAACCGAUGACUGCGCCGCCAAAUGCAACAACCACGGGGUUUGUAACCAUCAGAGCAAGUGUCACUGUGAUCCUGGCUGGGCUCCACCUUUCUGUGAUGUGCUGGAAUCGGAGGUGUCGGAAGGAGGAGGACUGGGGCUUGUUGUGUCACUGGUCGUAAGCCUGCUCAUAUGCACGGCCCUUCUCAUCGGCGGUUUUAUGUGCUGCAGCCGGAAAAGACAACUUCCAAAGAGAGGUCUCCAAUCUACCUCAGGACAGACAAAUCCUUUAUUUCGAUCGAGCAAUGCACGGGGCAGCCCUCAUCUUCGCUCCACAACUAUUAGCCAGCCGACAUUUGUGGAGUCUUCAGCCGCACAAGUGCGUAAACCGCUGUCCUCCUCCAUGCCUGGAUCAUCGAAUAUGAUGUUCAAGCCCUGCAGGACAGCUCCUGAGCCCACCAAAAAGAAACCAACUGUACCUCAGCCAUCAAAUAUCCAACAGGGUUUCAGGCCACACUUGCAACCACCAGCUGUGCCGAGCAAGCCGAUUUACUCUGAGGCAAGGCCACUACCUCCGUCCAGACCUUUACCACCACUUGCGUCCAAACCAUUCACAACGCCAAAACCUGUCACGCCUCCAGUAAAGCCAAAGCCCGCCGCCGUCCCUCCGCAGCUCCCUCACACUCAGCUGAUUUCAGGGAGAGUUGCCCUGACUCCACUCAGCAGACCUAGAUGACCAAGGGGAAUCAUUCCACUUUUGAAAUCCUCAGACACUGAUGCUCUUAUCUCACCUACAAGGAUUUAAAAAGAAAGAAAGAAAGAAAAGCUCUCAGGAGACGUUGGUGUGAGUUCAUGCGAGGACGAGAUCCAGCUGAAGGAUCGACAACGAAAAUAAACAAAAGUGUUUUUUUUUUUUUUAACGCCAUGAGGAUUGCUGCCAUCUGCCUUGCUUCUUUUUAAAACUGUGAUUGACAGCACUUAUGGCUCCGCCACCAUGAUGAUGACGAUGUUUGAAGGGAAACGUCUCUCCUUGUCCUUGAUCCUGAGAUAUGUGAACAUUUUAUGAUUGUACUGCUGAUGCUGUAACUUUGUAACAUUGUUUUGGUACUAAGAGAAGUUUAGGGAUUUUCAAAUGUGGCACCAAUGUGGGCACUUUAAAGAUUUUUGUAUGAAAGAACCCAGAUUAUAUGACUUUGCCUUGAAUCCUUUUAUGAAAAUGGAUGAAUGUAUGAAUUUGUUCUUGACACUUGUCUUUUUGUCAGCACAUAUUGAUUUUAACUUCUCAAGGGAUUUUUAAAAAAAUUGAAUGUUCUAUGCAGCAGUCAUCAUAACAUUGUCCCCUUACAAAUACAAUAAUAAUAAUGACUCAUUUCUUGCAACGAGGACUCAAACUUCAAACUGAGUUUCAUUUAUGUACAUGCUUGUGUUUAAAUAAAAUUACAAACUUGA